CAUCAUGUUCAACAUUUACUGGUACCAGAAAGGAAAUGCUAGUACAUAAGUAACCAGUAAAAAGGAAUAGUAACAUAUAUAAAAAGAAGCGAGAUUUUUAAAAACUGUUAAAUUUAAAGUAAUUUUAAACAUGCAUUCUCUCGCAAAAAAUAGUUUUUUAAUGAAGAGAGGAUUUCCUAAAUAUGGUUCUACAGUAAAUUAUUUAAAAACAAAUAAGUUUUAUGCAACUAAAAGCAAUCAUGCUGCUAAAAACAUUGUAUAUAUUGAUGGUGUAAGAACACCAUUUUUGCAAUCUGGAACAAGUUAUAAAAACUUAAUGGCAUAUGAUCUUGCCAGACAAUCAUUAGUGGCCUUGCAAAACAAAAUUAAAUUUCCUAAAGAAAUUGUUGAAUACAUUGUUUAUGGUACGGUAAUGCAAGAAAUAAGAACUUCGAAUAUUGCUAGAGAAGCAGCUUUAGCAGCAGGAUACAGUGAUCGUACUCCUGCACACACUGUAACAAUGGCAUGCAUCAGUAGUAAUCAAGCUCUUACAACUGGUAUGGGUUUGAUUGCAUGUGGUGUGUAUGAAGUAAUCGUUGCAGGUGGAGUGGAAUUCAUGUCAGAUAUACCAAUUAGACAUAGUAGACGUAUGAGGUCAUUGAUGUUACAAGCUAAUAAGGCAAAAUCAAUUGGGCAAAAGUUACAACUUCUUACUAGUAUUAGACCAUCAUAUUUUGUACCAGAUUUACCUGCAGUAGCUGAAUUUUCUAGUAAUGAAACUAUGGGACAUAGUGGUGAUAGAUUAGCAGCUGCAUUUGGAAUUUCAAGGAAAGAACAAGAUGAAUAUGCUUUGCGUUCACAUACUUUAGCUGCUAAAGCACAACAACAAGGACACCUCACAGAUUUAGUUCCUUAUAAAGUUCCAAAUGUAAGUGAGGUAAUAAAUAAAGACAAUGGUAUUCGUGUUUCAACACCUGAACAAUUAGAAAAAUUAAAACCAGCAUUCGUUAAACCAUAUGGAGGAGUUACUGCUGCUAAUGCAUCUUUUUUAACUGAUGGAGCAUCAGCAGCUUUGAUAAUGACAGAAGAAAAAGCUCUUCAACUUGGUCUUACUCCAAAAGCAUAUUUAAGAAAUUUCACUUAUGUUUCCCAGGAUCCUGUUGAUCAGUUGCUCUUAGGACCAACCUAUGUUAUACCACAAAUACUCCAAAAAGCAAAAUUAAAUGUUAAAGACGUUGGAGUGUGGGAAAUACAUGAAGCUUUUGCGGGACAAAUUUUAGCUAAUUUAAAAGCAUUAGAUUCUGAUUGGUUUGCGCAAAAUUACUUAGGAAGGUCUUCAAAAAUAGGAGUACCAGAUCUUAAUAAAUGGAACGCAUGGGGUGGAUCUUUAUCAAUUGGUCAUCCAUUUGCAGCAACUGGAGUUCGGUUAGCUACACAUACCGCGAACCGACUUAUCAAAGAAGAUCAACAAUUUGGAUUAAUUGCAGCUUGUGCAGCUGGAGGACAGGGUGUUGGUAUGAUUAUGGAAAGGUACCCUGGUGCUAAGGUUUGAGAUGCAAAAAGGGGAAAAUGAAUGAAUAUAAAUAUUCUAAAAGAAAUGUGGAUAUUACUUUAAA